AUGGAGGAACUGUGCUCAGCUCACAACGCGGCGGCUGACAAACUCCAAGCCCUAGAAGCUGAUAAUGUGAAGCUGUGGCAGAAAAUGGCAGACACAGAAGAUAGGUCAAGAAGGAACAACGUGAGAUUCCGAGGAAUAGCAGAAUCUAUCCUGCCGGAUAAACUCUAUAGCUACAUCACCACCAUGUGUACUGUGCUGGCCCCUACAGUGAGUGCUAACGCUUGGGAGAUCGAUCGAGUGCAUCGACUACCGAAACCACCACGUCUCGCUCGGGACACCCCACGAGAUGUUAUUGCCCGCUUUCAUUAUUUUAAAUCUAAAGAUACCCUCCUCCAGGCGGCAAGGGCAACAAAUAACCUACCGGCACCAUAUGAAGGUAUACAACUAUACGCUGAUCUAUCGGCCCUGACGAUGGCCCGACGCAGAGACUUCUCCACAAUCACGAAAACGCUGCGCAAUCAUAAGUUGAACUACAGGUGGGGAUUCCCCACGAAAUUAUUGGUAUGGCGCAAUGGCAAAUUAUACGUGCUAGCCGACCCGGACCAAGGCCUCACCGUCCUGAAGGACUGGGGCCUAUGGGACCCCCAAGGCUCAGCCAACCCUCCAGGGUCUCCCCCCCCGCGUUUGCGACCAGAAUGGAAGAUGGUGGGACACCAGGACGCCAAGCCGACGCAGGGCACCAGCUCGUAA